GUCACCUAUUGUAUAUCUGACCAGUCUAGCUUGGAUGCCAGUACCGUCUGCCAACUCGCCCCUCGGCCUUGCCUCACGCGACUUGUCAUUGAGGUAUUGCGUUCUGGCAGUGCACAGAAUCUGGUAAUCCUGCGUUCCGGACUCACAGUUACCAAUCGUCUGGCACCAGGACACGGUCUUGACCUUGGCCUUCGGUUGCCGCUUGUAACUUCAUCAGAUACUUCCAAUGUCACAACCGCCAUUGUUUCGUCCGCCGUCAGUGCUGCAGCAGCCGUUGCUGUCGCUGCGGCUUCUGCAGCAUUUGGUACCUCAGCUGGCUCUGAUGCUACUGAAGGAAGAUGGAGGCCAAACGAUACUAAUAAGAUGGUGUGGAGAGCCGAAUUUACACUUUUCCCAAUUGUUUUCUUUUAA